AUGGAUAUGACAGCAGCCUCACAGGGGGUUGAGAAGGUUACCCUUCUUCUCAACUCAUUCCCUGUGAAGGCAAGUGUAAUUACCUACUUCCUAAUGCACAGCAACUCAUUCCCUGUGAAGCCCAGGGCAAGUCCCCUCAGCGACUUUGAGGAAUUAGUGGCUGGAGAAGACUCUCCAGUGCCACUCCCGGACCUCAUUGCUACAUCCCCUCUGGAUGAGGGACAGACCCUGACACCUAGAACAAGAUACCAGCUCAGAAUGCCCCCUCCCUUGCUGGAUGUGUCUGGUGAUGUGUUGAACGUGUCAAUUCUCACAUUAUGGGCCAACUUUUCCAACAGCCUGACUUUGUUGACAACAGUGCCUUCUGUGAAUGACUUUCUGAAGGCUAUGGAUGGCCCUUUUGCCCAUCUGAGGAGCCUGGUUGGACAACACACUUCCACGAAAGAUACACCACAGUUCCAACCCCUUUCCCCCCUUGAGGAUGUUGUAAAGAACAUUGUGCAAGAGCUAUGGGGGCACACCUCUGUCAAGGUAAUCAGAGGUAUUGGGAAUAUACUUGACGAAGCAUCUGUGAUAGACGACCUCAGCUUUGAAGGUGCAUUAUUUUCCUCACUGCUCAAACUGUUUAGAAGUUCUCAACACUGUGCAGUUUUCAUGGAGACGUGUAUGGCUGUGUAUGCCCAGAAAAGGGGGAAGUCCCCCCAAGAAGUAAUGAAGAAGUUCUGCUCUCAUAACACGACUGAUACAGGCCAAACAGGACUCAAUAGCCAAGAUGCAGCAAGCCUCUGCAAGUCAGAGCAUCUGGAAAUCAAGGAGAAGUAUCCAGACAGGGUGGAUGAAGCAAAAGCCUUUUAUGACAAAGUUCUCAUGCAUUAUGGAGACAUUAUUUUGUCUAAGGACGAAAGAGAGACCCAACCUAAUGAAAGUCUCCACCUGCUUCAGAAAAUGACAGGAAAAUAUGCAGCACAGGUGAAGUCUGUGCACUUAGUUCCACCCAUUGGUGUUGCUGUAGUGGGAUUUGUAGUGGAUGAGACCGUCCCCCUGGAACAGUCCAUGGUAACUUUCACCAGCUCACCAAUUAUGGCAGAAAUGGUGAAGGCUAUGGGUCUGCCACUUACCAAGGAUGCAGCCCUUGCCAUAAGGAAUCUGUAUGAUGGCAUAAAGGCUUUCAGCCCAUACCAACCUGAUAUCAGCAAACAGAGAAGCUUCCUUCACCAUCUUUGUGCCUUCACGAACCCAGAUAAUGAGGAGUUUGGUGCAUCAGGCCUGAUGAAGUCUGUUGUAGCAACUGCCAGGCAAAGUGUCCAUUUCCAUGAUCAAAUACCUGACAGUGAAGACAGAGGCCAUGGACAAAAAUGA